AUGCAAUGUAUUCCAAACCUUUGUAAACAAAUUGCUGAUUAUUGGACACGCUAUGAUCGAAAGAAAUCGUCAGUACUCAAAUAUAAGUCUGAUUGGCUGAAUCAAAACGAAUCAAUUCCAGUGAAAAACAUCUCUAAAAAAUAUCAGCAAAGGGUACAAAGUCCACAUCGUGGACGUCAAAAACUUGAUUUUGAGGAAUCCUCGGCGAGAACAAAGCGACGGCGUAUAGCUCAUCUGGCCGAAUUAGACGAAUCUGCUAUUUCUUCGUUACGCACUGAAUGUGAAAUGAAAAAUAUAUUGCCAGCAGAUCCCGAUGAGGUAAUUUCGCUAUUAAUGGAGACCGCUAUGUCUAAAAACCAAUAUUUGCUUAUCAGAAACUUCGUGAACAGCAAAAUAUCCUUUGAUUUUUUUCCAUGCUAUAAACGUAUAUUAAAUUCAAAGAAAAAGAGAUACCCUGAAAACAUAUCUGUAGACGAAUCUCACGCUGAAGUUGAAUUACAAAGUUUAUUAGAUAAUACAGCGUCGAGUAUUUUAGAGCUACAGGCUAAUGUUGUGGAAACAGUCAAUGACGAUUCUAUUGAAAAUUUGGUGUUAAUUGGAAAAUGGGGAUUUGAUGGAAGUACAGGUCAUAGUGAAUACAAACAAAAAUUUUCCAAUAAUGAUUUAGAUGACAAAAGCUUGUUUGUGACAUCCUACGUACCACUUCAACUUAUUUCAAAAUCUGGCAAUAAAAUAAUUUGGAAAAAUCCCAGGCCCUCCUCAACGCGUUACUGCAGGCCAAUACGUUUCCAGUUCCAAAAAGAGACAAGUCAACUUUCUAUCAAUGAGGAGAGAUAUUUUAAAGAGAAAAUAAACCUUCUAAAGCGGUCAGUGAUUUUUAUUCAUAAUAGAAAUAUAAACGUUGAACAUAGUUUACAACUGACUAUGGUGGAUGGAAAGGUAUGCAAUGCCUUAACUGAGUCAUCUUCUGCCAAAUGUUACAUUUGUGGUGCAAAUCCAAAAGAAAUGAACGAUUUGGACAAAUGCUUAAACAAAGUUGUAAACAAAGAACAUUUCGAGUUUGGUCUUUCUCCCCUUCAUGCAAAAAUACGCUUCUUUGAAUACUUUUUACAUAUAUCUUACAAGUCCUCCGUCAAGAUGUGGCAGGUGAGAGAUCCGGAAAAAAAAUUGGAAGUAAUGAAAAGAAAGCAAAAAAUUCAAAAAGAAUUUCGCGAAAAAAUGGGAUUAAUAGUUGACAAGCCCAGAGAUGGGGGUAGAGGAUCAUCAAACGACGGAAAUGUCGCUAGAAAAUUCUUUUCUAAUCCAAAAUUGGCAUCUGAUAUUACAGGAAUAGAUGAAAACUUGAUCCAUCGUUGUGCCACUAUACUUCAAGCUAUUGCAUCGGGCUACAAAAUUAAUGCCAAGAAAUUUAAUGAAUACGCUUUAGAAACUGCCAAGCAACUGACAAAAAAAUAUUCAUGAACAUGCAAUUAUAUCAAUUGGAGAGCUUUCCGAGGAAGCUGCGGAAUCAAACAACAAAGAAAUUAAAAAAUGUAGACUUUAUCACAGCCGGAAAAUGUCACGGAUUAUUACAAACACCGACAUUUUGAAUGCACUCCUUCUACGCUCCGAUCCGUUUAUAACCGGACAGAGGGACCUUGAGAAAAAGGAUAAGUCAACUUUGCUUGAAUCUGUUUAUAGUUUGCUAGAGGAAACAUUGUAAAAUUAAUAAUAAAGUAUUAAAUUAAUUUCUAA